ACCCUUCGAAUUUCGGUUAAACCCUCUAUCCCCCCACCCCAAUCUGGAAAUCGAUGAUGAGGAGCCUCAUCUCAGGCGCCAAGCUCGUGGCGACCAGCAGAGCACGAUGGGGAACGACGACGCGGUGCUACAGUCUGAUCCCAAUGGUGAUAGAGCACUCGUCUCGAGGUGAGCGAGCAUACGACAUCUUCUCUCGCCUUCUCAAGGAGCGCAUAAUCUGCAUCAACGGUCCCAUCAACGACGACACCGCCCAUGUCGUUGUCGCUCAGCUUCUCUUUCUCGAGUCCGAGAAUCCUUCCAAGCCCAUCCAUAUGUACCUCAAUUCUCCCGGUGGCCAUGUCACUGCAGGUCUUGCAAUUUAUGAUACUAUGCAGUACAUACGGUCUCCAAUCAAUACAAUUUGUUUGGGCCAAGCUGCAUCAAUGGCUUCACUUCUCUUAGCUGCGGGUGCCAAGGGUGAGAGGCGGUCACUACCCAAUGCGACGAUUAUGAUUCAUCAGCCUUCAGGUGGGUACAGUGGACAAGCAAAAGAUAUGACGAUUCACACAAAGCAGAUUGUCCGUGUGUGGGAUUCACUCAAUGCAUUGUAUUCAAAGCAUACAGGACAGUCAAAAGAGAUAAUUGAGAAGAAUAUGGAUAGGGAUUACUUCAUGACCCCAGAAGAGGCCAAGAAGUUUGGAAUAAUUGAUGAAGUGAUUGAUGAAAGACCAAUGGCUCUGGUCACUGAUGCUGUUGGCAAAGAAGGCAAAGAAAGCAAAGAAAAGGAUAAGAGUUCAAACUAGCUUCAGAGAUUUAGGUCUCAGUGAGGACAUAGCUCUUUUGAAGUUUGGUUUUUUAAUCUGUCCUAAUCUACAUCUUUGAAUUUAACAUGAUUUCUUUCGACCGAAUCCUUCAUUUCGGAACUUCAGUAUGUUCUGCUCUUUUGUGACGCCAAUUCUGCUAAUUUUUAGCUUGCAUGCUCCUUAUAAAAUAGAGAAGUGCAGUCUCUUGGUAAUAAUGACGUUAGAUCUUGUGUGUAUCUUUGUAAUUUUUGCUUUCACAUUUUUAGUUAUUUCUUUACAAGACAAAAAUUAAAAGG